GCAUCAUAUAUAGAAAGCCGGUCAUUCACAAGUUAUUAUGAAGCCUUUGCCUUUCGGAAGUAGAUGGACUAUUUGCAGUCGACUUAAAUGAAGAUUCAGUGAACAAUAUACAUCCUGAAAAACUACAAAAAAUCGACAAGAUGGUGAACACCGGCAGACCAUCAAGAGGAUGUUAUCUCUGCAGAACCCGGCGCGUAAAGGUUAGAAAACAUUCGAGGUGAAAUAUACAAGAGAUACUAAUGAAAACUAGUGUGAUGAGAACAAGCCAGGCUGUGGUAACUGCCGAAGACUGAAUCGUGAAUGUCCAGGGUAUCGACCAAUUUUCGAUAUUAUGCAUCGUAAUGAGAACUCUGUGCAGCGCAAAAGAUCUCUUGCAAUCGCAAAGACCACAGCUCUUGCAGCAGUUCAAACAACUCGCCCUCACUAUCCGAGUCCUCCUGUACAACGGCGACCAAGACCGAAUUCCCACUCUGAUACCCAGAGAUUGGUACAGGCGAUACAUAGUGGAACACAAUCGCUGUUUCCACCUUUAACAGCCGCAUUAGAAGAACGCGCGAUUUGUUUUUUCUUUUCGAAUUAUGUUUUGGUUCCUCAUGGACCGAUAAAAUGCGGCUUCCUAUGGUUUCUACUACCAUUGAUGAAACUUCAACCUUCAGCUAUUUUAUCAGACUCCUUAUCUGCAGUAGCGCUAGCUACCUUCGGUAAUCAACCCAAUGCAAGGAUGUUAAAACCAAAAGCAGAGCAGGCUUACUCGAAAGCAUUGCGUCAAGUUACUAAUGCUAUCGGCAAUCCCAGACAAGUGGCUGAAGAUACUACGCUCGCGGCAGUCUUGUUGCUUGGUCUAUUUGAGGUCAUGAUAUUUCCACUUUUCAUGACCAGACGGCUGCUGACUUCGAGUAGAAUAUGACAGAUAGCCUGGUGAAAGAGAAUCACGGGUGGAACUCCUGGAACUCUCAUGCAAACGGUGCCACAGCGCUACUGAAAAUGCGCGACGCAAGAGGUCCAGUGACUUCAAUAACUUUAGAAUUGGUCUGGACGGUAAAAUCACACUUGGUACGUCCAAAGUCGAGGGAAUAUCGUUUAUUAGAAUAGUCAGCUAAUUUUCAAUAAAGAACCUCAGCUGUCUACUCAAUGGAAAAGUUUCCGACGUGCCAAAGGAGUGGGAUGAAGUCCUUGAUACAGUAGGAAAUCAAGCUAGCGGAAAUCUUCCGAUUAUAUGUAAUCAUCUUCAAGCAAAAGUUGCAAGAGCUCGUGUCGAAUGUGACAAGCUUAUGACCAGCGCGAAACGAACAACUCAAGACUUCGAGAAUGUCCUUAGUCUGAUGCAAAAAGCUAAAGCGAUAGAGCAGGGCUACCUGGACUGGGGAGAAGCAACUUCAGGUGAAUGGAGAUAUAAGCCUAUAGGAUGGAUAGACGCCAUAUCAGAAGAAAAACUUGCUGGAUCAAAAUAUUUUCCGGGUAAAAUUGACAAGUACAGUGAACUUUGGACGGCCCAUAUUUGGAAUCUAUCCCGAGGAUCUCGAUUACUCAAUUAUAGCACAAUCGUUCGAUGCGCUGCAUGGUUGUGCUCACCACAGGACUAUCGAACUACUGUAGAGUAUGAGAAAGCUAUGAUAGUCGGCAAAGAAAUGAUUCAGGGAGUUAUUGCCAGCGUGCCUAAUUGCCUCGGCGAGAUACCAAAAGCUAUGGAUGAGCCAAGUCCUUCUAAACACAGCUUCGCAUGCGGAGAAGAAAGUGGCACCUGUGCAAAAGGGCUGUCUGCACUUUUCAUAAUGUGGCCUUUAUUUUCCGUCGCUACGUCAGACUUUGUUACCAAGACGCAGAGGACGUGGGUUCUUGGAAGAAUGAAAUACGCGACAGAGGAGUUGGGCGUUGGCCAUGGAUCUACUAUGUACUCCGAGGUAUGCGCUAUGUUAUGAAAUAUUCCAGAAGUAAAGUGGUUAACCAGAAUUGCAGCAACACUUAUCAAUGCGUAUUCCAUCUUCGAUGUUAGAAAAGGACGGCCUGUUGGCUCCGAAAAUAGACGACAAUUUGAAUGGUCAACUUCCUGUCCAACGAACCUUUGACAAUGUUGGAGCCGCAUACGAUUGGACUUUGUUAAACCCUGAUCUUUCGGUUCCAUUAUGAUUAACAAUUGGUCGCGGCCUAAUUGGAUUGAUUCGAACUUGUGUGCCAACGUCAGCAGAAUCAGCUCAACAAACAAACGCUGGCAAUUUUCCCCGCUGAAUCCCCAACCAGAAAGGAGUGACCACGACUGGUUGACAUGUUGAUGUUGACAUGUUGAUGUUGACAUGUUGACACAUCUACCCAACUAUGUGGCAAGAGGAAUUAUCUUGAGGAGAGUUUUGAAUGAAAAUGUUACGAGUUUAUUAUUGGUGUUUGGGAGUUAGCUUUUGGGACCUCGGGAAGUUAACAUUGACAAUUGAAUUAAUUUUUAGCGGGACUUGCGCUUAUCUACUUUCCAUCUAGCGGUAAAAGCGGUAGUUAGCGGGAUCACUAAGGCUUGGCUAUUUAUUAUCUGGGAGUUAUAAAUGAUAUUUUGUGGAAAUUUGUUUUG